AUGAAAUUUUCUACCAUCGCUUCUAUUGCCACUGUGGCCUCCUGUGCGGCUGCUGUGGGUGACCUGGGCUUCAAUAUUGGUGUGAAAAACAACGAUGGCACCUGUAAGUCAACCCAGGACUAUGAAAAUGACUUCGACAUCUUGAAAGAUUACACCUCAACAGUGAAGGUUUACGCUGCUUCCGACUGUAACACUUUGCAGAACUUGGGCCCUGCCGCUGAAAAAGCAGGAUUCGGCAUCUUUUUGGGUGUAUGGCCAAACGACGACGCCCACUUUGAGGCCGAGAAGCAGGCCUUGCAAACUUACCUGCCUUGGAUCAAGUCCUCUACUAUCCGCGCUAUCUUGGUUGGGUCAGAGGCUCUAUACCGUGGGGACCUAACGGCCUCCGAGCUUUCGGACAAGAUCAACAGUGUGCGUGACUUGAUUGCCGACGUCAAAGAUUCUGAAGGUAACUCCUACUCUGGCAAAUCGGUGGGAACCGUCGACUCUUGGAACGUUCUAGUUGACGGGGGUAAUGCCGAAGUGAUUAAAUCUGCCGACAUGGUCAUGGCCAAUGCCUUUUCGUACUGGCAAGGCCAAACGAUGCAGAAUGCAUCUUACUCGUUCUUCGACGACAUCAUGCAAGCCAUGCAAACGAUCCAAACCACCAAGGGCACCGACAUUCCAUUCUGGGUCGGUGAGACCGGGUGGCCAACCGAUGGUACCAACUUCGAGGACUCGUACCCAGGUGUUGACAACGCCAAGCAAUUCUGGCAAGAGGGUAUCUGCGCCAUCAGAGGCUGGGGUGUUAACGUUCUAGUCUUUGAAGCCUUCGACGAGGACUGGAAGCCAAACACCAGUGGUACUUCGGAUGUUGAGAAGCACUGGGGUGUGUGGACCUCGAGUGGUGACUUGAAGUACUCUUUGGACUGCAACUUCAGUUAA